ACGUUUCUCUCCGUUGUUAGUUGGGACUCUGCCUUUCACGUGGUACCGUAUUUUGUCGUGUUUUCUCGCGAAAAUGAUGUUUUCGAUCAAGAAGCCGACUUUUACUAUGCAAACCCUGCCGGUCCGUGCCUAAGACCCGCCGAUGGUGUUUGUCAACCUUACAUCACUGAUGAAAUAUAGCGUUGUCACGCGAAAAAUGUGAAUUGGUCCCUUUCAGUUUGAUUAAAUUGACGGGAUAGGAUAUUUGUGUUGAAAUAUACGUUUUCAAGUGUUUUUGUUUUUGUUGCUUGGAUGUGAAUUGUUUCCUUGGUGCUCGAUAAGGAUUUUAAAAAGAGCAUUUCUUAAGAUUAGUUGUUUUGUUAAACUGGCGAACCGACGCUCAAAAACUCUGUAGAUUAGUGAAAAAUGGCAGCUGGAACGUGCUUAACUACUGCAGCUUUUUUACUUUGUAUCCUGACGACUGUUUUCGUGGCUGUUGCAAAAGGAGGAUGUACCUUCAAUAAGACUUGGAAUGGGAGGUGGUUUCAAAGUGGAUUACAAAACCUGGUAUUCAUUAAUAGUACGCACAUAGAAACCAAAGGAGAAUGUUUCGAAAAUCAAGCUGAUAAAUAUUUAGUAUAUAAUAGGCAAGACAACUGUUAUCGUUGCUUGGCGAUACACGAGAAAUUUUCUGGUGUGCUUCAAUACAAAGAAUCGAUAUGUGAAGAAAAGAAGGGUUCCUUAAUCGACAUAUGCAGUUCAAUGCUGGGAGAUGACCCGUUACAUACCAUGUUCAGGAAAUACCCGGAGACUAAAUCUAUUCCAUGUCCCUUCAAGAGCGCUCCUUUCACCUUCAGCUAUAGUAGGGGAGCUGGAGAGUGCUCCAAUCCACCCAGCAAGGCCGAAAGUUGUACCGACGAUUCCAGAAUAGUAUUCAAAUACCAAGCCUGUCCUGACGUGCCAUCUACUGAAAGUAACAUCGAAGAGUUGGUAUGCCUGGCCACUUGGAAAGAGGGAUCUACUAGAUAUCUAAUAGGCAAAAUAUCACAGGGUAAUAGAAGGAAUCUCAUAACGGACGAAGACCAAUAUCGCUGCUUUAUCUAUCAGAGAGACAAGAGCAAUGACAAAACUACAUACAGCAUAGCUCAGUCUGCGGAUGCUACAUGUACUGGCAUUAUCAACUCAUACGAAGGCAGCAAAACCAUGAAAUUAACAACAGUCGAUAACCAUCACAAUCGGUGCAAAUUUCCGAAGUGGAUAACAGAUCAUCACACAUGGCUCAGUUUGGAUCACAAGAAGAUCUACAAGUUCACGCAACGCAAUGCGACCUUGAAAAUAGUCGACGAAGAGAUACCGAAACCAAAAAGGCCCAAUAGACCUAACUUCAGUUUGGGAUCUCAGGCACCUGCUUUUGGAUAUGAAGAGUUUGGUUUCGAGAGUCAGGAUCAAAGGAGGUCGGAUGGAGAGAUGAGGGUGAUCUGCCACGGUAUUCUGGAGUCUCAGGAUCAGAAAAGGGUGCAGAUUGUGGCGCACAUCACUUCUGGAUGCGAUAGCGGUUACGUAUGCAUGGUUUUCCAUAAGAGAGACUCGAAUGUGAUCGAGAUACAACAAACCAGCGAAUUCGAGGAGAAUCCAGAUGAAGCUUGUGGAAAAUUCAAUCCGUCUACAACACCUUACACUACAUUAGUCACUACAACCCUGCAUACAAAGAAAUGUCCCCAUUUGGGACGGUACAGAGUACCUCCCAAAGAGGAUCGAUCUGAAGAACGAAGGAAGAAAAGGGACCAAUCUGACGUCCUUGGUUCUGAACUGACACCGGAGUGUCUGUCUCAAGAUUAUGAAACUUUGACUGUUGGUUGCACAAAUCAACACGAGAUGGAAUUCCAGUCGGACUGUAACCAGCAAACACCAAAUGCUUACUCCUGUCAUGGAAGCUGGAACGAGAACGGCAUAAAUUAUAUUAUAGCAACUCCCAUGACUAGUAAGAAGUCUGCGAUGGGUGAGCCUCUACGAUACUGCUUUAUCUAUACAUUAGGAUACGAUGCACCUCAACUGCCCCUUCACGGGGAUCAUCAUGCAGUCGCAGAUAAGCAGGCGACAAUGGGUCAAGCAAUUCUCAAGUUGACCAGAGUAACAGAUAGCUGCCACAGAAUCGUAGUUCCUGGUUUCGGAAACUGGGCCUAUAAUUUCACUAAUACAGGAGCUUGCAAAGCAGUAGAUCAUUCAAACUCAGGUGGAAUGGCUGUACCAACAGCUCUACUUAUGAUCACUAUGAUUGCUGUAACUCUAAAUUGGAGAUGAUGAAGAAAACCUGUCCCAAUUUCAUUCUUAAUCUCGGAUUGUUCAGUGUAUUAGAAGGGGAAUUUUUUAUGAUGGAUUACUGUCAAUAUUGAUUCUAUUCCACUAUCUCGACUUGUGAAGCACUCCAUUCUCAAGAUUGUUUGUCCCUAUCCACACAUUUCUAGGAGUGCUUUUCUAGUCACUCGUCCAUAAUUUUUGCGACAAAAAACAAAUAUCUUGUUGAAUGGACGUUCAUGGAAUAGCUCUUUUGGAUCAGAACAGCAGGAUUUUAUUUUAAAAUGGAUGGAAAUAGUUUGGUUGGAUUUGGUGAAUUCAAUAUUUUUAUUUGUAACCAUAUUUAUUUCCCAUUUUGAAAUGAUCUUUGAGCUUAGAAUUGUACAACGAAAUCUUGCUUUUUUUCAAAUUUUAUCAUUUAUUACAAUUAGCCUAAUCUUCAUCAUGCUAGUAAGUACAAGUUUUAGACAUUUCAGCAAACUUGAAUGAAAUGAUGAGGAAGAUUAAGCAAAUGCCCCCAAAAUUUAGAAAAGGCUUACCUGAAGAUGUUGAUAUGAUGCGACAAAUAUUAAGUUUGUCGACCGCAUAUUAUUUCUUAUGUUUGUCCAAGUAUCCGUAUCAUUUUCUACUGUUUAUUAUUCAUGAUCUGUGAUGUAGAACGGAAAACGGGCAGAUGAUGUAAAAAUCACUCUAUAAUGAUUAUUUAUCAAUUUGAAGGAGCAUGAUGAUUAUUUUCGUUGUAAUCUGUAAAUUUGUAAUAGGUGUUGCUCCCUUAUCAGAAACGAAUAUUCUAGAAAUAAUUCUAAAUGAAGAAAGAUAAAAGACUAGUUAGGAAAUACUUAUAACCUCAGCGAUCCCAAUAAACCGAACAAAUUAAUUUCCCAAGUGUCGUUUUCUCGCCUCAGAAUCGUGUUGUACUUAAACCGUAUUUAGUUAGAAGGGACGAAAAAGACUGUUGAAUUACAACCUUAAAAGGAAUUGUCCUCAUUCACUAUGAUUCAGCAAAUGUUUUUUUAUCGAGGUAAAACUGGAAUGUAAGUAAAAUGAAAGUAAGAAAGGUAUACAAGUAAGAAAAGAUCUAUUUUACCAAUAAAAUUAUGUACAUAGACCAGAAAAUUUUAGAUUUUAAAGAAUGUUGAUUAUUGGAAGGAAACUAUUUGAUUAGGAUUUAUUUUAGUGGAUUCCUCGGUGAUUUUUUUACAGUGCAAAUUCUCUUAUUUCCUUUGUGAUACAUUUGUAAAAUAAAACAAUUUUGAAAUGGAACGAUAUUAUGCACUCUGUGUGCCGUUUUAACAUUUUAUGGAUAAAGACUCUUUUUGAAAAUAUAUAUUUGUGGAUAUGAUACGUUGAACCUUUUGUAUAUUAUCUGUAUAUAUGUUUAUAGAUGUUUUCUUUUUAUCUAUUUAUCAAUGUGUAAAGACACUUUUUUUGGUCGAUUUGGGAAUCGUUGAAAAUGUUUAUCCUCGAGAAAAGUUAAAUCAUAAUAGAAUUAUUUUCUCGUCCAAACUGGACCAAAGGCAUAUUUUCAACGAUUCUCCUUACCCAUAAUUUCCUGUGAUUUUCACCUUUUAUUGCAGCUUUGAGAAAUCAUACAAUACUUAUACCAUAUUUUAACGUCGCUGUGACCAAUCCUAAGUCCUUGAUCUUCAUAUUCAUAAGCUUUAUAGUGAGUAAUUUCAACUCCAUCUCAUUCCACCACAGUUGUAUCCCUAUAGAAAAUAAAAGUAUGCAGUAAAAAUGGGAUAGACUAGCUUUGGUUUCAGCUACGUGGAUUAGUACAUUAUAGAGUAUUAUUAAUUGCCCUUUGACUAACAGUGUGUCCAAUUCAGCUUGACCUUCAUACAAUUUUAUGAUUAUAUUUUUGAAAAAAAAAUUAAAUGAAUUCUUUGAUUCAA